AUGCGCAUGGAGGACAACCGCCUCCCCAAGCGCAUGCUGUUAGGAGCGAUGGCGGGGGGCGUGGGAUACCGGGGCGGGCAGGAGAGCGACUGGGUGUCUCGUCUAGGAGAGGACCUCGUGGCCUUCAACAUGGGAGACGAAAAGGAAGGGGGGAAAUGGAAAGAGAGCGCCAAGAACUCGGAGGUGUGGUACAACAAGGUCGAGGACGGGGCGGCAUGGUUCAUGAGGAAAUGGCACAGGCAGGAGGCGGAAGCGACCGAAGAGAAAGAGAACCGGCGAAGCGGCGGUGGGGGGGAAGAAACGGCGAACGGGCACUGCUGUAGAAGCGAGUAGGGCGGCCGAGGCAACGCUUGUGGCGAACUAUAUAAACCAGGGAUGUUGUUGCGCCCGGUUUCCCUCCCUGCCGUAUGCUAUACUCCUUUAUGUAUGUCCUUGUAUUGCCUUCGGCCUCUGUGCUGUGUUUCUUUUUUUUUUUUAUGACCUCCCUGCCUGCUCUGCUGUGUUGGGUACCUUGAUCUCGCUUUGCUGUUGCCUUUGUUUUUUUGUACGGCUGGCUGUCUGCCCAUCUGCCGCCUCUUUGCCCUGUUUGCUCCGUUACUCCCAUGCCCUGGUGCGCAGUGCCUGGUGCUGGUACGUUACGUUACCCUUUCAUUUUUUCUUUCGGCGGGUGUGGGAAGCGUCCUCCUUUAUUUUUUUUUUUUUUUUUAUUUUUGUUUUGUUUUAUUUUGAUCGGUGUCCGAGGGCUCUUUUCUCGAACAGUAGGUGCGAUACCUGUUCUUUUCUUUCUUUCGAUCAUUUUGUUU